CCAAUUUUUCCUAUUCCGAUCCCCUACCGUUCACUUGCAAUGAAGACCCAAAUGUGGCGCUUUCCAUUUUGAUCUACCUUGUACAAGCUAGCUAUCUAGUUCUUGGAGUUGUUCUGAAUAUUAUGAUUAUUUAUACAAUUUUUAAAUUGAAAAAUAAGGAAAAAUACCGAAAGCAUCUAUGACUCGUUAGUUGCUGCAUUCUUUGGUCGCCUUAUUAAUAGAGUCUCACCACUCUGUCCAGUUUUAUCCCCAUAUUUCUUUACGCCAUCCAUAAUUACCAAAGCCUAUUACACUGUGAAUACCUACAACGGGGCACACAAGACUAUUUCUCAAAUCAUUAUAAGUUUCAAUAGAAUGACAUGUGUUGUACUUCCAGUUAGACAUGUUACGUUAUGGAAGAAAAUAUUGAAGCCGGUACUGAUCCUCCAAUACCUGCUCCCACUCGGUGUAAUCUGGAAUAUAUUGAUAUCAAGAGUUUAUAUAAAUCCAAGUGGUGUUGGGUUUUCUGUCAACUACAAGGCAGCGAUUCCAUGGGCCAACGUUUCUCUCCUGAACCUAUUCCACUGUAUCCCAUGUGUUGUAUUAGUUACCAUAUUCUUUAUUGUCACUAUUUAUGGCCUAACAAUGUUGGAAUAUAGAAUCAAAAAUGUAGAGCGAUACCUGGCAAUUUUCACAUUAAUAAUGGGCUUGCAGACUACAAUGUAUGCUGUUACGCAGAUCUACUUUGCCUUCCUCGCCCCAUCUAUCCCAAGUAUCCGCGCAACCAUGGUUUUAAUUGCUUUUAAUAUUUUUGACGUCAUGCAUGUCUACAGCCCGAUAGCACUUUUAAUAUCAAAUUGGGAAUUGAGAAACGAUAUUUUUGGUUCUAAAAGGCAGAAUGGGGGGUAA